CGGACUCCUGCGCGGAACGGCGGGCCUUGCCUGCGUGCGUGUGCGCACGCGCGGCGCCGCUGGACGGGGAGCGGUUGCAGGAGGGCGCCGGGGGGACAGCCGGAAAUGCUGCAGCUGCUGGAGAAGCUGCCGCCGGGACGGGCUUUGGAGUUCCUUCAUAACAUAAUUGAUGGCAUAUGUGGCCGUGGGUAUCCUCGGUACCAGGAUUACAGCAGUGUUUGGAGCUUGGAGGAGUGGAUGGAGGUUUUGGAAGAAACAAGGAUGUAUUUCAAAACUGCAGUUGGCAAAAACAUAACUGAUGAAGAGGCUAUUCAGCAGAUGAAUGAGUUAAAUGCAAACUAUCAAGAAGCAAUCAUAAAAUGUCUAAAAGGCAGAAAGGAAGAAAUCAGGAAUGCGCUCAUAGAAGCAGUAAAUGCGAUUUCAUCUGCCCAGCUGCAGGAUUUUGACUGGCAAUUAAAGCUUGCUCUGUCCAGUGAUAAGAUCUCCAUGCUGCAAAUGCCACUUCUGAAUCUUGAUUUGGAUGUGAGAGAAAAUGGUGAAAUUAAACCGAUUUCUAUAGAAAUGAAUAAGGAAGAGCUGCAGAGCCUAAUAAAUGCGCUGGAGGCUGCUAAUAAGGUUGUCUUGCAGCUGAAAUGAUGGAAUUCAGAUCACUGAUAAGGGCUGCUGGUGAUGGUUCCCCACUGAACUGAAAAAAGUAAUAGAAACAUUAUCUGCAAAGUCAAAAGAUGUUGAUGUUCCGAAGUACUGGACUGAGAAGGCAGUUAUGACUAGUGACCAAAUAAACUAUUGAUCCUUUUAUGAAAACAAAAUAUUUAUCUGUUAGAACAAAAAUAUCAAAAUUUGGAUUUUAGUACUAAAGAUUUUUAGAACAAUGAAAAACUAAAAUGUAUGAUGUGCCAUAUUUGUUCUCGUUAGAUUUUGGGAGUGACUGUGCAGGUGCCUAAUAAAACUAGGGAGUCUUAAUUGCAUAAUGUGUUAUCUAUAUCUAUGGUGCCAUGAUAAUGAAGAACAUGACAGCCGAUUUGUAGCAUUAAUGUAUUUAUACUUGUAAAUAGUAAAUAAACUGUAUCUGUGAAUUGUUGCAAUAAAUUUUUUCCUGAUGUAUUAGUUACAAAACUCAGAUUUCUUUAGAUGCUGGGAAAAGAUCAGUUCUACAACCAAAAGAAGUAUAGAAUCAUGGAAUGGUUGAGAUUGGAAGGGACGUCUGGAGGUAAUCUUGUCCAGCCUUCGUGCUCAAGGAGUUAGUGAUUGAGUUUUUGAAUACCAAUUGUUCAAAAAUGAAUUAAAGUAUUUGGAAUAGUUUUGCAUUUUCUCAACAAUAAAAGGCCAGAAAACAGAA